CACUGUGGCUUCGGUACAGAGAAACGCUCAUUACUGCAACCUGCCUGCAAUCCACCCCGAGCGUGGAUCAGCGACGAGUCAGCUACUAGCUGGCCUAGCUUGUUUGCCAAUCCACCUGUCGUCGCGGUGGUUCGCACCAGCUGGGGUUGGCGUUCGAGGUCGCAGGAGGGAGGAAGGCAGACGGAGGAGGCCAGACAGCAGGCGGCGACGACCGGAGCUUCUCCAGACGGUUCCGCACAGCCUUUAUCGCCUGGCACAUUUUUUUGGUGAAGCUGUCUCCACCGUCCUCACCACACCGCACCAUUGCCACAGAUUUUCUAGUGGCAUGUGAUGACCUGCCCUUGUGUGACAUUGCUGCUAAGGCAAAUAAGCUGUAUCUGGCCCGAGCUACACGUGCACCAUUGCGGGAGCCACGACGUCCGCUACCUGUGGCUGCAGCAGCCGCAGCAGGAUUUAGAGGACAGGACCCACCUGUCACUAAACCGUAUUGCGCUUAUCACAGGGAUUUUGGCCACGCGACAUACGAAUGCCGGGAAAAACCAAGGGGGCAGGUGUGCUGGCGAUGUGCACGCGCAGGGCACUUCCGUCUUAACUGCCCCUUUCCAGCAGGCCGGACAGGUGAUGGCCCACGCCCCUCUGGCUCAGAAUUCGACGGGUCCAGUCCAGGUCAGUAACAUUAACACUGUCAGGUCGCCAAAACCACAGAGGGAACGACGAGUGAGAGCCAGGCCAGCCCGGAAGGUGUUAACCGGGAGGCCCAUGACUGAACUGUGUAUGGCAGGCAAGAGGCUGAAGUGCUUCAUAGACACGGGUAGUUCAGUCUCGCUGAUAAAAUACUCGGCUAUAUUAGGCUUACACCUUGCAUCUCGGGGGCGUGCGGCUCGAGCUCUUGCUGGUAUAUCAGGUCAAGGUCUCCAUACCAUUGAAGAGAGGGACAUCAUGGUCGGCAUUCCUCGUGGGGAGAGAGCAGUACAUCGCUUCAUCGUAGUCAAAGAUUGUCAAUUUCCGGGUGAUGUCUUAAUAGGUAUCGACUUUCUUAGACGCUUCUCAUUCACCUUUCAGCAUAAUAGCAGGCCCAGCUAUUCUUUUCUGAGAAUUGGGAACAUAGAAUUACCAGUCACUUUUACAGAUUCCCCCUCACUCGGUGUGCUGGCAGUAAAGGUGAAACGUGAGAAAAUUUUCAAUUUACGCUCCCUUUUCGGAAGUCCUCCCUUACCGUGUGCACGAGUAAGGAGAACUGUAAUGAUGCCGCCUCACUCUGGUAAAUUCGUACCCGCAACAGUGCGUAUUCCCGAUAGCGAUGUUUUGGUAGAAGGAAAUAUCGGAGAUUUACUAAUACCAAGAUCUCUUUGCAGAAAGACCAGUAACAUCCUCAAUGUAUGGGUUGUGAACCUGGGUCAUAAGCCAGUGAAGUUACGCAAUGGGAGCUUUCUCUCGGUAGUAACCCCUAUUAGCGAGUUCCCUCAGGUUGCGGCAGCAGAUUUACAGGAAGACUGCACGCAGUUGACAGAUGACAACGAACCCCCAGGGCAGUUGCCCGCCCUGAAUCACCUUUCCAGCUUACAGAGUGAUGCCUUGCUGGCACUGUUGCAGUCACACCAGUCACUCUUCGAUGGUAAGAAGUCAGAAGUGGGAGUAGUCCCAGGCAUCUACCAUUCAAUACCCACAGGUGAUGCACAACCUAUUAUGACGAGGCAGUGGAGACUACCCCAAAUUUCUAAGCAGAUUAUCAGAGAGGAGUGUGAGAAGAUGCUGGAUAGUGGCGUGAUAGAACCAUCCACCUCUCCAUGGUUAUCUCCAAUAGUUCUGGUGAAGAAGCGUGAUGGCAGCCAUUGA